CUGCCUUCUAAUCCAUAUUAUUGUCUGCUGGAGUCAGAAAGCGAGAGAGGGAGAGAGAGAAAUGGGGAAUUAUUCAACCUGCUUGCUCAGGAGGUGAUACUGGAUGGACCAUGUCACGACUAUCUAGUGACCAGCUUCAAUUGCAGUUGCUGUCCCUUUUAGUUUCUAUGGAUGCCCAUGAAAAGUGUCAUACUGACAUUGCAGUUCCUGCUAAGUAGAUCCCAUAUGUACUCAUGUUAAUGUCGCCGGGAAAGAGUGGAUCCCACAUUCUGAGACUUCUCCGUAAGGUAAGAUCACCUCUCCUAAUAAGGAAAAGCUUGCAGUGACUGUUUAUCGUUUUUUUUUUUUUUUUUAUUGUCUGUGACAAAUGAAAUCUGACAUUUCCUAUCUUCAGAUGAAAGAUUGGGUUAGAAGGAGCCCCUCAAACUGAUCAUUUCUAUCUGAACUGCUGCUUACAUAUCCUAACGCGAGGCAGAGUGAGAGCAGGCAUAAUAAGAUAGAACAGAAAAGAGUGUAAAAAAAAAAAACAACCAAAAAAAACAAAACAUAGUUUUCUUUUAAACAAGUAUGUUCUAAGAAGCAUCUUUUUUUUUAAAGUGGCAUUGCAAAUGUCAAAACCACACAAAUUUAGGACUGAAAUGUAUUGAAGAUUAUGCUUUAAAUGACAUGAGUCUCCGGUGCACUGGAAACAGUAAUGCAAAAGACUUUUGUAAUUUAACGAGAAAAAAAAAAAAAAAAGGAUUUACAUGAUUAACAAGUCCUGGUGCUGAACGGAGAGAGUUUUGCCCUCCUUGAAGAUGCAGUCGAAUGGACCUCUCUGUGGGUAACUUUUCAGCAGGGUCGUCCAUGCCCAGCUCCAUUAGCAUGCAGUGUCAGACGUGUUGUAUGUUUAAUGAUUUCAUUUUCUGGUGCCUUUCUCUGCUCACAUCGCUCUUGUUUUACAGCAAAGCCUCAGUGGGGCUGAACGAAAGAAAAACAGAGAGGGGAAGAGAAUCGUAGCUCAGAGCAACCUCGCAACAUCUCAAAAGCUGGGUACCAUUUUCAGCAGACCCGGAAAAAAAUCCAGACUGGAUUUAAUGAAUUCAUGUUUAUAAGUAGUGUGCACACCGUGGACAACAGAAUACUGAAUACUUGGAGGCGUGGCACCUUCGAAUCCCACUUUUCUCUUUCCUGAUUCCUUUCUCCGUAUAUACUUCCAGCUGAUUUAACAGCAGAAACGGAAUAUUAGCAUCCUGCCUUUUAGCAAGAUUCCUUUCUUUCAUUCUUAAUUAUUUUUUUUUCCAUUUAAGUGUGCAGGCGUUUGUAUAAGUCAUGCCUGUCAUUAUUCUUAAGGUAAGCGUGCAAUUAUAUUAUUGUAUUGUCAGGCUACCAGUUGAUUGUGCAUGUGGGGGAAGUUUAAAAUCGGUGUAUUUGAAGCCUGUUGCUGUUCUUAGACACACUGGCUUUUGCUGUUAAGAUCUGCUUGCUGAUCCCUUUUAAAAUUGACAUUUUAUUUUUUUCAUUGUGCACGUAAAAUUAGAUUGCAUGUGAAAAUAAAGAUUAGACGAAGAUUAAAAAAAAAAAAAAUGCUAUGCCUAAGGAAAGAUCUGAAUUAUGACAGAAUAACAACCCUGUGUUUGCAACAAAUAAGACACAGGCUAAUUUAAGGGUGGCCAAAAUGUACUUCAACAACUCCCACAAUGCUUUGCCAGCUGUGUUUCUUCCUUUUGGUCACCCCUGCAGGUCUCUCUCUUGGUCAUCCCUGACUGUAUAAUCGAAAAAAGUAGGCAGUAUGACUGUAAAUAACAGAUGGGUUAUGCUAUUAACUGUUUAGUGGUUGUAGGCCUACUGCACAGUACUGCAAUGCCAUGGCAGAGAGAGGGUUAAACAAGUAUGCUUAGGUCUUGGUUCAUUCUGAGUUUAGGUUUCAUUGGGGAUUUGUAGAGAACAAGAAUAAAAGGUUUAACAAAAUCCCCCUUUUUGUCUGAUAAAAGAGCAGUGUGUGUAGAGCUGUAUGUCCAGCCUUGCAUCAGUGAUCACUAGCACACUAUAAAUACUAGACUAGACACAAUCAUUUCAGAAUCAGGGAAAGAGUAUUGAAUCUGUCAGUACCUACAGCCUUUCAAUUAUCUGAAACCCUUUCUGUUAUUGCAUAUUUAAUAAAUUAAUUUACAUGUUAAGCAGAGCUUACGUAAUAACCUGCAUGUAGGUUUUCCUGAAAAUCUUUGAUAUCACAAAUUUUCUGUUUUUCUAAAAUACACGCUAUACACAGAGGGGGCUUUCAUUUUGUUCUUUAACCCCUUAAGGACACAUGACAUGUUUGACAUGUCAUGAUUCCCUUUUAUGCCAGAAGUUUGGUCCUUAAGGGGUUAAAGCGAGAGGAAUUUGGAUUUUUACAUUUAAACAUUGCUAGUUUAGCAAUUCUAGAAAUAGCUACAAUCUUAAACAAUGAAAUUGCCAAACUGUACUUUUACAAAGCCUAUGACUUACGCUAAAGCAAAAGUUUACAGUAGUAAAACAAUGCCCACUUCUAGUACAAUGUAGAACUGUCACAAUCCUCCCCCCCCCCCAAAAAACUAUCAUGUUAAACCAAGGAGGUUAUUAGGAUUGGUAGUGAUGGCAUCAUAAGAAAGAGGGCAGCGAGAUGUGGGAAUCACUAAAUCCUAAUUAACUGAUGGUCCAAAACAUAAUUAAGACUUCCUUUCUCCUCGUUCUCUUCUGUCAUUACUGGUUUCAACAGUCCAUAGAUGUGACUCUAUGUGCAACACUCAGAUGUUGUGAGUGAUGUCAUGGAGAAAACCGGCAGACCGGGAUAAUUACAAUCCAGAGAAAUUGGAAACCCUGCUUACUUGCAUAAUUUAGUCAAAAUUAAAUGAAGGAUUAACUGCUUCAUUGCCAGGAAGCACACCGACACAUUGCAGAGCAAUGUGCUGCUGCCCCCACUGGCAUUACCAGGGUUUAAUUCCAAGUGAUCAGACAGUUUGUAAACACAGAGCCAGAAAUGCACAAUUCAUUAUAUUACAGGAAACAUUCACACACAGAAUGUCACUCAAAGCAAGUCUUCAUUAUUCACCUCUAAAUACUUUACUGUAAAAACUAAUAAAAGUAAGAGAAUAUUUACACCACAUGAGGUGCUCACUAAGUAAUCAGUUUCUGAAAACUGAGCCUACGACCUCAUCCUGUAGUAGAUAUUAGAAUGAUGCUUUGGCUAUCAGAACAAGCUCAGGCUGGCUUAUGGACUGGCCUCAUGUGAAAUGCUGCACAAGCAUAUGGCUUAGCUACAGAAGUGUCCAUCAGGGUUCCCAAAACACCCCCAUAGCUGUUCUAGCAUGUCCAGAUGUUUAACCCUUACAGUUUAACCCCUUAAGGACCAAACCUCUGGAAUAAAAGGGAAUUAUGACAUGUCAAACAUGUCAUGUGUCCUUAAGGGGUUAAUGUUCUAAACAUUGUAUAUAUUUAUAUUAGGAUUUCAUGCCUUAGGCUUUGUACUGCUCAGUACAAACAGUUUGUUCAGGGUCUCGUUAACUGGCAACCUUCGCCACAGUUAACCUUGAUCAAAAUGUGUUGCUUCUUCAAAUAGUACUUAAAUGAGCAUUUGGGUCUUUUAUAGGAAGGAUUUUGUUUUGAUGCCAACACAAGCUGUAGUGUUGCACGAGUAUUAGUGAAAUAUGCUGUAGUGUUUAUGCACUGCACACCCAGUUAUUGUGAUUUUCAAAACAUAGGCAGAAUAAAAACACGAUUAUGGAAUUUAAUUUGACACAAGUAAAUGUUAUCCUAAAAACAGGUCACAUUAAAGGAUAUUUGCCAAGUAUUGAAUAUAGGACAAUUAGUUAACUCAGGGGUGUUGAGCUGCAAACUCCCAAUGUUGCAGGAUCACAAAUCACAUAAGUAUAUUUCACAGUAUAACUGAAUGAGAAUAGAGAAUGAUAUGAGUUGUAAUCCAAUUUGACAUGGGAGAUUGCUGCUCCAUAUCCCUUAAAUAAACAGAGAACACGUUAAACAAACUGUGUUCCAGGUUAUAUUUAAAGUAUUUUAAACAUAAUGGCUCGGCUGCAACUGUACAGUUCGGCUUUUUAUCCUCUCACUUUACACCACUUACUGAUUUGCACACUAGACUGCAACUAGCCUAAGUCUUUUGUUGUACACAUAUAGAUUUGUUUAAUUUUCCUUAACUUUUAAAAUUCAGUUUUUGAAUUCACUACAAUUCAAUGAUUAGUGAAUGAACGCCUAAGAGCUAUAUCAUUUGAAAUAUUGAUAUUAGUAGCAUAAAUUAACAGUAUUUGCCAAAAAACAUGAAAUCAGGAGACAAGAGGAGUUUAGUACAUACAUUGGUGGCUAUCUGUUUCUGGGAUUUUAUGCUGUAUUUUUUCCAGGCUAUUUAAAUUUCAUGUUUGGCUUCUGGAGUCCACCCUCCAGAUAGAUGUCUAUCGCAGAUUUGGGUACGUGGUACAUUUUCCUGCACUCAAGAAAGUUUAGGAAGGCCUCCACAGGUUUUAACAUAUCCCAAGAGGGAGAUGUAUUUUAACAAUAUUACUACCUGAUUCUUAAUUUGUAUUGAGUAUUUUGUUUAGACAUUUAUAGAUAUAUUUCCCUGGUUGACACAAAGUACAAAUUGUUUCCGAACACACCUAUCUGGUUGCUAAAUUCUACAAUCAUUUGUCAAUCUUUUUAACAUUAUAUUUUGUUAUAAAGUAAUAAUUUUGCCAUUUAUAUAUCAUAGAGAAUUUCAGAUUCCCAUUUGUUUGGCAUCACUUUUACUAACACAACAAAGAUAUGUUUAUUUAUCUUGAUGAUGCAUUAUGCAGAGAAGAGAGUGUUUCACAAUUUUGUUCGCCAAGUUCUUAACUUGCUGCUGUUUUUGUGGAGGCCAGAUGUAGGCUCACUAUAAAAACAGGUCCUUUCAGGCCUCUGUUGAAAUGGAAAGGCCGUAGAUAUGUUUAGAAGAGGUAGUAAAAAUAAAGUUUUGGUUCUGCAUUUCUACGUCCUGGUUUAUAACUGAAAAGCUAUCAGCUGUCUGUGGGACUGUUUUGUUUAUAAGCUUGUAUAAACAGAGAUCAAAUUUGGGCAUAUGGCUUUAUUAAUGGAUUUACAAGCACCCUGCUGUGUAAUGCUAUCAGAUCACAUUAUAGAGGGCAUGACCAGAAGACAGAAUAAAUGUGCUUAUCUAGAUCUUAGGAUUUGUUAAUGAAGCAAAUGAUAAUUAUAUAUAUAUUUUUUUUCUCUCAAGAAAUGCAAUAGCUUCCUUUCUGUGAUGUGGCACAUACCUUCUACAUAUAGGCUGCAAUACUGUAUGUGCAGGAAAACACAUAACCGUGAAGUAUACUGUCUUAAUGGGUGCAAGUGGCACAAUGAGUAAUAAUUCACCAUAAUAAAAGAUUUAGAAGUUCUAAGUGCUAUGGAAAGCAAAAUAACACAAGGUUUAAGAGCUAGCAUAUCAGAUCAUGGUUGACUAUAGUUGAAGGACAAGCUACGGAGUUUCUGCACAGUCUUAUUGUUUGUAUCUGUUCUCUUUUGGCUUCAUGGCUUGGUUAACUGAAAUUAUUCUUGUAGUUUUGUUGAAGGUCACUUACUCCCACUGAGCAGGUGUCCUGGAUAUAUUUGUGUUUAUACACUCUGGACUUUUGGACACACAUUUUUUAAGUCAUUUAGACUGGUGUAGUGUAGUUCUUGUGAAUAUCUUGAGCCAUGAGUGUCAUUCGGACAGGAGAUACAUGUCCUACCAGUUACAUAUGGACUCUGAGAUUACUCUCUCGCUCUCUCUUCAAGUCAGUGAUAUUCACAUAAGUCCAUCCUUGCAAGCACGCUGUCUUGGCAUCAUACUUGACUCUGACCUCACCUUUGAGCCUCACAUCCAGUUUAUUGCCAAAUCAUGUAGGUUCCAACUUAAAAACAUAGUCCGCAUCCGUCCCUUUCUUACACAAGAUGCUACCAAGGAGCUUGUCCAUGCUCUAGUAAUUUCCCGCAUGGAUUACUGUAACCCUCUCCUGAUUGGUCUCCCCAAAAGCCGUAUUGCCCCGCUACAGUCUGUAAUGAAUGCUGCAGCUAGACUGAUUUUCCUCUCUAGUUGGUCCUCUCAAACCUCACCCCUCUGCCAGUCCUUACAUUGGCUCCCUGUAUCCUAUAGGAGUCAAUUCAAAGUGCUAACCCAUACAUUUAAAGCACUGAACAAUUCUAGCCCCUCUUAUAUCUCUUCACUGAUUCAUAGGUAUGCCCCUCCUUGUUCCCUCCGCUCUGCCCGUGACCACCUCCUGACCGCUGCUCGCACCCGUACAGCCAACUUGCGCUUGCAGGACCUCUCGCGGGCGGCUCCUUUCCUAUGGAAUAGCCUGCCUACCACCAUCAGACUCCCCCAGUCUUAAGUCAUUUAAGAAGGGCCUUAAAACCCAUCUCUUCAGGAAAACUUAUGGCCUUCCAGAGUAACCUCUACCUUACAUACCUGUCUCUUGCUCUCUCCUAUAGGGCAGUGCUUUACUCUCUCCUCCAGGUCUGUUUCACUCCCAUCCUAUUUGAUUGAUAUUUCCUGUCCUAAUGUGUCUUAUACCCCACCUCCUAUAGACUGUAAGCUUGUUUGAACAGGGUCCUCUUCAACCUAUUGUUCGUGUAAGUUUUCUUGUUAUUGUCCUAUUUAUAGUUACAUCCCCCCUCUCAUAGUAUUGUAAAGCGCUAAUCUGUUGGUGCUAUAUAAAUGGCAAUAAUAAUAAUAAUAAUAAGUAACCCAAGAGUUUCUGCUCUUCAGUGAGUAUCCCGUGAGUAUUUUCUGGGCUGCGAGUGAGUAUCCCUAGAUUUUCUGUUCCACAGUGAGCAUCCUGUCAGUAUUAUCUGGGCUGAGAGUCAAAAUUCUGUUAGUAUUUUCAUGACUGGGAGUGAGUAUUCCAAGAGUUUCUGUUCUACAAUGAAUAUCCUGUUUGUAUUUUCUGGGCUGAAAGUGAGUAUCCCUAGAUUUUCUGUUCUCCAGUGAGCAUCCUCUCAGUAUGACGUGGGCUGUGAGUCAAUAUACUGUGAGUACUUUCUGGGCAGGAAGUGAGUAUUUUCUCAGGAUUUAAUGUGCUGGAAUUAAAUAUUCCAAGACUUCCAGUUGGACUGGGAGUGAAUGUCGCAAGAGUUUCAGCUAGACUUGGAGUGAGCAUGCCAGGAGAAUCAAGUGGAUUGAGAGAGUAUUCUGUGAGUAUUAUAUGGACUGGAAUUGAGCAUCAAAUGAAUAUCACCUGGACUGGAAAUGAGGACUGUCAGGACUGAGAGUACACAUUGUACUUGGGUUCCGGCCUGAACCAAGACAUGACAUUAAUACAUGUUUGUGACGAAGUGCCCUUCGCCACUUGUGCCUGGAGGGGACUACUGGCUAGCCUCCUGCCUUCCGUCUAUGGCCUCUGUGCUGAUAGCUGUAUUUUACCCUGCAAUAAGGUUUAUUUGGGUAUUUCUGCCGGGUUGUUCGGGACUUCCAGUAUGUGAGUAGUGCUACCCCAGAUAGCAAUGCCAUGCAGCCAAUUCGUGGAAUGACAGACUAUGGAAAAGACUUUGGCUCCAUGGCAAUUGAAUUGUAUGUAUGUGAUCUGAGCGCCAUUCAAUAAUAAUGUGCACUCAGAUCUAAGCUAUCUGGGGAUAUGUUGCAUGUAUAUGUUUUAUGUAGUAAUUGUAACAUUGUGUAAUUUUAUGUCUUUUUGUAACCAUGUGGUUAAUGGAGUCUUGCCUCUGUCCUGGGAGAUAAUUUGAUUACUUCCCAAUUAUCUCCAGGAUAGAGAGGAGGGAUUGUGAUGUCACUGUGGGAGUGUUUUGUUUGUAUUGUCUGUGAUUGGUUAUACUGUGUCCCACCCUGUGAGAUGUCCCCUUGCAUGGGGACUUGCAUAAAAAUCAGUAUGUGGUCAUUAAAACCAGAUCAUCUUGUACCUUUCUUGAAGCCUUGGCUCAUGUAUGGGGGAUUGGAGAAAUACACUCUGGGGAUUGCUAUAUUCACUAUACUCCCCAGGGUAUGAACACUAAGCUCUGCUAAGAGCUUGUUCCUGUUCCUGCUCUCUGGGGAAAGAGAGGUUAACCCACUAAAAGCUGGAUCUUGGCCUUGGGUCCAGGGUGGGUGGAGACAGUGAGACCCCGGCGCAGCUGCAUCGCUUGAAGUGGGGUCUGCAGUGCUGAUGGUGUCAGUUGGAGUGCUUGGAGUCCUCAGCGAGCACUAGGAGCAUCGAUUGGCGGAGGUACUCAGUCGGAGUGCCAGCGGUCCGUCACAAUGUUACAUUUACUUUAUUUCCUGAUCAGUCUGUAGGUAGCAUCAAGGAACCAUUGAGAAACAGGACUCAUUAAGACCAGGCAGUAACAUAAAUGUCACAACAAAAUUCAUUCCUUUACUGUUUGCUAAGAGAGACUUUUAUUACCUCCUCUAUGGUAACAUGCAAAGAUUAUGUGUUGAAAUGCAUUUUCCUGUUAUACCAUAAUUCCAGUGUAUUCUGUGCUUGCAUGCUUUCUGAACUAGGGCAAUCACAUGUUUUAUUUAAGACCUAAAGUGGGGUUGGGUCUGGAUUUAUUCUGUGCUGAGAAUCUGAUGUUUAUAACAUCACAACUAAUAUGAAUCCAAAGAAAGACAAGAGAGAUUCUAUUCCCUAAUGACUGUGCAACGUUUUAUCAGCCAAACUAACCUGACUUUGAAUUACUUAAAUCUUUACAUUCACGGCAACCCUCAGCCAAACGCUACUUAUCCCAUAAUCAAUCCAAACUGAAAGACUGCAGCAAUACAGCCACUGGAAAAUCGCUAACAUAUUCUAUGGAAAGGUACGGGGAGGAAGAGGAAUUGAUACUAACGUCACUAAAUGCAAACAUAAAGUAAAUUAGAAUUCUGCUUCCAAUAUCCAAUUUUAUGUAAAUAUUUAAUAUUUACAUAUCAAUAUUUAUAUAUGCACAUACAAUUUUUCAUACUGCUUACAUGCCUAGCUGAUCUGGAAACACAAAUUAAUAUAACCUCUUAAUAUCCCAAUAAUAAUAGCCCAUUGCUAUGAUUCUCCUUAUCAAUGCGUUUUAUUCACCCUCUGCCCUACUAAAGCCUUGCACUCUUUAGAAGCCAAGAUAUCAUUAAGUUACUCAUCUUCAGUGACAUUUGCAUACAAACGAUCAAUUGUGAAAUAUAAAACAGGCCUAAAAUAUGAAGGGUUGGCUCAUCUUUUACAAUAUCCCCUGAAAUGUAAAAAUCUUGAGAUCCAGAGUCAAAUUCUAAAGUGUUCAUUCAUUAAACAGUGAAUUGAAAACCAAAGUCUAUUUAUCGUAAGAGUCUCUUGAAUAAACCCUUAAGAUGUUAAUGAUUGGCAUUUUCAACACAGACAGUCACUGUCAGUGUUUAACUUGUUCUGCUGAAUCAAGUGCAGCUCUUAAUAUUUCCCAGGUAUAAUUGGAGUGAUGUGGUCUAUUCACACCUAUUUUGCUUUCAAAUUUUUUGCAAUGAGUUGAGCUGGCUCAGCUCAACUCAAUGCAAAUAGUUGUAACAACGUCCUCUGUGUAUUCAAUAAGAACUGAAUUGUCACAACAUUGAGCCAAAUAGAUCCCUGUUAUUUCCAAAUGGAUCUCACUACUGCGGUGAGAUUAAUUUGAAAAUAGGUCAAUCUGGUUUGGAUGGAGAAUUUAGAGUUGCAUUUCUCCCAACAUUUCUAAUUGACAGAGAGGGACACUUUAAUGUUUUGGGAGUGAGUAGAAUUGUGACCAGAGAUGAGUCCUUAGGUGACCUUUUAUUGCUGUGGAGCUCUGUUAUACCUAUGGGACUCCUGAUAUAGAGGGACAUUAGGGCAGAAAAGAGGGACAGAUGGAUUUGGGCCCAAAUUAGGGACUGUCAGUUCUAAAUAUGGACACUUGGGAGGUAUGGAUUUGGUCUGAGAGGGUUGGAUUGGUAUUUGAGACAACAUGAGGAUGAUUUAGGAUUAAGGGGCAUAGAGCUUUAAGUGGAUUUUCCCAUGAUCAAUUCAAUUGCAAUCUGACUGCAAUAAAUUUACUUGUGAGUACUGUAGCCAAUUCACUCAUAUUAGACAGAGAUUCAAGAGAUUUCAAAGGACUACUAAACUGCAGCUAAAUUGACAUGGAAGUUCGGUUAAAUAUCUCAAUGGGUUAAACAGAAAAAUGUGAUAACCAAAAUCCAUUCAACUGCUUGACAGUUUCCAUUUGGCCUGUAGUGAAUCAAUCCCUGAUAUAUUUAAAAUGCACAUUUUAAUACAUUCAGUGUUUUAAUACAAUUAGUAAUUGCUGGAACCUAUUUUCAAAAGAAAAUGUAAUAUACAAGGUUGGCUCACUCAUUGCAGCCACAUAAGAUGAGACUUGUCUUAUUUUUUUGGUUUGCAUUUCAUGCAUUUCAAAGGCCUUUAAAAACCUCGGAAGGUCGUGGAAGCCAUUUAUCAUUACAUCCCUACAUCACAGCUGCCAUAAUGGAGCACAUGGAAAGAGACUUCUCAGGAUAAGACAAGAACAUUCACAGACUCUAUGUCUGCUGCAUGACAUCUUGCUAAACAAAUCUGCCAAUCUCUGUUCACAUCUUUAGGUAACAAAAUGCUGAUACAUCAACUUUUUUUACCCAAUGUUCAACAGUUACACCUUCAUUUCUUUAAAGUCCAUGAUGUGUCUGGGGUACUCAGCUACAUUCCAUCUCUCUGUUUUUGGAAUAUAAAUGCUUUUGAUGGCUUCAGAUCUGAUCCAUAGGUAGACAUAUGUCGGAGGAAACACUGGUAUUUUUAAGUAUCUUAACAACAUUUAGCAGAUUGUUUGAAUGAGAUACAUCAGCCAUAUGGAUGUCAGAGAAAAAAAUAGUCAACUUGUAUUGAUGCCCUAAAGACAAGGGCAUUGGCUAUUCAAGCUCUUAUAGCGCAAACUGGGAACUCUGGUGCUCCACAUUUGCAAGCAUCAAUGUAAUACAUUCCACAUUCAAUGGAGAUAAAAGAAAAACCAAAAGGUGGGUGUUACAGAAGAAAAACAACUAAAAAAACUGAGGGCAUGGUGGUGGUGGAUCAGAGGUAAGGUGAGUAAAUAUCUCAAAACUUUAUGUUGAAUACACAAUGUAUUCAAUGCAUUUUGAGAAGGUUUGUGUUAAAAUGAACCUGCCAUGACUGGUUAACUUUAACUCAACAUAUACCUAUAAGAACAGUAAUGGGGUGUUUGGAUGUUGAUGAAAGUUUCAUUAGAGGGCUGAAUGUAAUUUGAAAGUUAUCACGCAGGCCUGUGACAAUAAAAGUCACAGUACCAUAAGAUAUGUCCAUCGCAACAAACCUUAACCUUCUGUUGCCCUUUGUAGUUGCACUUCCUCGUCCACUGUGCUGCUAAGGUGAUAUUGAGUGCAGGACGCCAAGCACAGCACAAUGAGGCAGACAGAUGAAAAACUGAUCAGAUCCACUGUCUUCUACAGCAGCUCUGUGGAACCAAUACUAAUAUUCGUGAUGUACUUGUGGAUACUCUGUGUUUCAUCCAGGACUGUGGCAUUGACACUCAUCAGGCCCCGACCUCCUUCCUUCCGUCAGGUGUACAGUCUCUGGGUGCUGGAUUUCGGCUGGAAUCCUCCAUUCAUAGUGAGUAGUUUCCUGGUCUUGACAUCCAUGGUGACCAGUUAUUCUCUUGGCCAGGUUAUUAUUCCAGCUGGGUAGCUGAUAACCAGUAGGGCAUAUGUGUUGAUGGCCUGGAUCUUGUUCUUGCCAUUGAGCUGGGACUUCAGGACCUGUCUGACUCUUUGGAGAUACUUAGAUGUUGCUAUCCUCCUUGCCUCUUCCUCAUGGUUGCCAUGCAUUUGUGGUACUCCCAGGUACUUUUAGCUUUUCUAUACAUCUUCUAUUUGGCCUUCUGGAACUUCAACUCCUUCUGUCCUGAUCAUCUUCCCUCUUUUUGCUAUCAUCCGCCCGCACUUCUCUAGUCCGAAUGACAUUCCAAUGUCCUUGCUGUAUAUCCUGGUUAGGUGGAUCAGUGAGUCAAUGUCCCGCUCAUUCUUGGCAUACAGCUUGAUGUCAUCCAUGUAGAGUAGGUGGCUGAUGGUAGCUCCACUCUUGAACUUGUAGCCAUAUCCACUCUUCUUAAUGAUCUGGCUUGGGGGGUUGAGGCCUAUGCAGAACAGCAUUGGGGAUAGUGCAUCACCUUGGUAUAUGCCACAUUUGAUAUUCACUUGAGUUAUUGUCCUGGAAUUGGCUUCUAGAGUUGUUUUCCACUUGCCCAUCCAGUUUUUGAUGAAGGCUCUUAUUGUCUUGCUGACCUUGUGGAGAGUCAAGCAUUCUAGUAUCCAUGAGUGUGGCAUUGUGUCAUAGGCUUUCUUGUAGUCAAUCCAGGCCAUACACAGAUUGGUCUGUCUGACUUAGAAUCCGUUGUGACUGCUUGGUCUACCAGUAGUUGGUGUUUUGAUCCUCUGGUGUUGUUUCCAAUCCCCUUCUGAGUAUUACUCUUAUAUUGACUCAUAUGCCCUUGGAUCUUGGAGGCUAUGAGGCCUGACACGAGUUUCCAUGUUGUGGGGAGGCAGAUUAUUGGUCACUAGUUGGAUGGUGCUGUUCCCUUGUGAGGGUCCUUCAUGACCAGUAUUGUUCUGCUUUGUGUUAGUCAGUCAGGGUGGGAGCCUGUUCUAGUAGCUGGUUCAUUUGUGCUGCUAGGCGUUCAUGCAGUGCUGUUAACUUCUUUAUCCAGUAGUUGUGGAUAGUGUCAGGUCCUGGGGCUGACCAGCUAUAUAUCGACUGUGAUGAUGAUGAUUGGUUACUGUGCUGGUAGCAUGCAGUGGUCUGCUUUCAGGUGUAGUAGCCACUGGGCCUCGGUGUUAUGAGAUACUUCUUGCUCCCAGAUAUUCUUCCAAUAAAUAGAUUAUUUAUUUUACUGCUCCUCCUUUUUUUCUCUUUUGGUCACUUAUCACUUUAUCUGUGAAUAAAAAAAGUAAAUUAAUUAAUUUAGUGGCUGCCCUCUGGCUGCCUAACAUCUUUUUGCCCACUGAUCAUCUCUUUGUUUUGCAACCCUGAAUACCGAAUCAAUGAACAUGUUUGGCCAUUGUUUUACUUACACAAGGCACUUUGGAAAUUCGGAAUUCAGCUAAUCAGACGAUCAACCUAAAUGCGGCUAAAUCGCAAUUCAGCCAAAUCCCAAUGCACUUCUGAUGUAGUUGCUCAACCAGAAGUCAAACCAGUAGGUAGGGUUAGAAUACUGCUCCAAAGUCUAAUCUCUGAACUCAAGCCCUGCACACCAAAUGCAAGCCUAGUGGGCCACAUCUCUAACUCCCCCGGGCUAGAUGAUUUGUUAUAAGAUCAGCAUGUAAACUCCUAUGUUUUAAUUUAAUAUUAUUAAUAAUAGAUUUUAGAUUUAGUCUGACUUUUUAGUCUGACAUAUUUUUGCAGUACAAUUGUAGAUUGCUUUAUUGCAUUUUUAAUAUAUUUUUCUCAAUGCCAUUCAAAGCAUUGAAUUUGACGAACAAGAGUCUUUAUUUAAUAUAAAUAGGAGUUAACACACAAAAAAAAAUAUUUUUCUUCCUACAUAAAUAUGUAUUUGAAUUGCUGACUUUUAAAUUGGUGAUGUUUUGAAAGUUAAAAAGCCAGUUAUACAGUGAUUUUGUUACAUUUCCUAACAUAACAAUACAAUUAGAGCCAGUCACAACCAACUGUUGUCACGUCUUUCCAAGGUUUGUGCUAGUUUUAGUUCAGUGAUGGCUGGUCCUCCCAGUUGACUGAGUCGCUGUCCCGCGAUCUCAUUCUUUUUGUUUGCCACCACUAGAAGCAGUCAGACAAAUAUAAUAGAGUGUAGUAAUCACAAUGAUGCAAUUUUCUGGUAGAUAUAAGUCACCAGGUCGGAUUGUUUCAGAUUUUGUUUUGAUAUAUAUAAAAUCGAAUACAGCUUUUGAACCAAGUUCAUUCACAGAGACAGUUAUAUUGCUUUUUAUAUGUUUCCACCAGGUUGGUGAAAUAAAUCUAGAUCUCUAGAAAUUGAAGUAGACACAAGUAAAUUGUAGCUUCACUUGUUAUUGUAUAUUACAUUUUGGUGAGUAGAAUAACAUUGUAUUAACGUAUACAUACACAGGAUAUUAUGAGAUAGAAGAUUAGUUAUUGAUUCCAUUACUCAUAACCUUUUGGUCCGAACCCUAAACAAGGAGUGAACGGACAAUAGACUAAAAAUAUUUCGGCCCAAAUAGAAUGGUUAGGAACAGGGCUGGACUGGGACAAAAAUUCAGCCUGGGCAAUUCAAGGCAGAUCAGCCCACUAGGAGGGGCAGGGCCAGAAAGUAUGAAGCACCCUCACAUGGUGAGAUAGAGUGUAUCUAGGGGCUUUAGUGUGUGUAUGCAUAUAGGGGCUGUAGAGCACAUGUGUAUAGGUGCGGCAAUGUAUGCAUAGGUGGUGUAGUGUGUACAGGGGGUGCAGAAUGUGUAUUUAUAGGGGAUAUAAAUUGGUGUGUGUGCAUGCAGGGGGUGUAAUAUAUAGUGUUUAUAGGGGUAUAAAGUAUGCGAGUGCAAGGAGUGUAGUGUUUGUUUAGGCGGUAUAGAGUGUGUUCACUGUGCGUAUGUGAGUGCUCAGGGUAUAGUGUGUAUAUAAGGGGUAUAGAGUGUGUAUAGUGUGUUUGUGUGAGUGCAGAGGGUGUAAUGAGCAUACAGGGAUAUAGAGUGUGUGUAAUAUUUAUAGAGAGGUAUAGCAUCUGUGCAGUGUGUUUGUGUGUAAGUGCAGGAGGUGUAGUGUGUAUAUAGGGGUAUAGUGUGUGUAGUGUGUUUGUGUGUGAGUAUGCUUGUGUGUUAGUGCAAGGGGUGCAGUGUGUUUGUGUGUUAGUGCAGGGGGUGCAUACAGCUUGAUGUCAUCCAUGUAGAGUAGGUGGCUGAUGGUAGCUCCACUCUUGAACUUGUAGCCAUAUCCACUCUUCUUAAUGAUCUGGCUACGGGGGUUGAGGCCUAUGCAGAACAGCAUUGGGGAUAGUGCAUAACCUUGGUAUAUGCCACAUUUGAUGUUCACUUGAGUUAUUGUCCUGGAAUUGGCUUCUAGAGUUGUUUUCCACUUGCCCAUCCAGUUUUUGAUGAAGGCUCUUAUUGUCUUGCUGACCUUGUGGAGAGUCAAGCAUUCCAGUAUCCACGAGUGUGGCAUUGUGUCAUAGGCUUUCUUGUAGUCAAUCCAGGUCGUACACAGAUUGGUCUGUCUGAUCUUAGAAUCCGUUGUGACUGCUUGGUCUACCAUUACUUGGUGUUUUUAUCCUCUGGUGGUGUUUAAAUCCCCUUCUGAGUAUUGCUCUUAUAUUGACUCAUAUGCCCUUGGAUCUUGGAGGCUAUGAGGCCUGACACGAGUUUCCAUGUUGUGAGGAGGCAGAUUAUUGGUCGCUAGUUGGAUGGUGCUGUUCCCUUAUGAGGGUCCUUCAUGACCAGUAUUGUUCUGCCUUGUGUUAGUCAGUCAGGGUGGGAGCCUGUUGCUAGUAGCUGGUUCAUUUGUGCUGCUAGGCGUUCAUGCAGAGCUGUUAACUUCUUUAUCCAGUAGUUGUGGAUAGUGUCAGGUCCUGGGGCUGACCAGCUAUAUAUCGACUGUGAUGAUGAUGAUUGGUUCCAGUUCUGGUAGCAUGCAGUAGUCUGCUUUCAGGUGUAGUAGCCACUGGGCCUCGGUGUUAUGAGAUACUUCUUGCUCCCAGAUAUUCUUCCAAGAUAUUCUUCCAAUAAAUAGAUUUUUUUUUUUACUGCUCCUCCUUUUUUUCCCUCUUUUGGCCACUUAUCACUUCAUCUGUGAAUAAAAAAAGUAAAUUAAUUAAUUUAGUGGCUGCCCUCUGGCUGCCUAACAUCUUUUUGCCCACUGAUCAUCUCUUUGUUUUGCAACCCUGAAUACCGAAUCAAUAAACAUGUUUGGCCAUUGUUAUACUUAUGCAAGGCACUUUGGAAAUUUGGAAUUCAGCUACUCAGACGAUCAACCUAAAUGCGGCUAAAUUGCAUUUCAGCCAAAUCCCAAUGCACAAAUCUAAAAAUCGGCAUAUUCUGUUUCAAGCACAGGGAGUUGGCUAUGGGUGUUGGGAAUCCUCAGAUUUAUGUCUACAAUAUGGUGGAUUGGUUGCACACAGACUUUUGAUAAGGUCAGUUUUUGCUAUUGUUUUGUUUUUGUUGAUCUACUUAUACAUCUAAUACAAAAAUUCAAUGAGUGACAGUGAUGCAACGAUGUGGGGAGAAUGAAAGAGUCAAAGAACAAUUAUGGGACUAUGAGACAAAAAAAAUGUGGAACGGACAAAAACAUUUCAAGGAAGGAGGGAAAGAUGCUUAUUCUGGAGAGGUGGGGCAUGUGUACACAAAGGAGGAUAAAUGUGUGGACAAAUACAGAGGAAGAGUGAUAAUCACGUGGAUGAGAAUAAUGUGUAAGGGGAUAAAAAAUAUAUAAACUCGAAGUUGAAAUAAAAUAUAGAGAUGUUUAACCCCUUAAGGAAGGAGGCAUUGUCCAUGUUCUGAAGCAAAACAAAACGUUGAAUUUGAGCUUUCCACCAUAAUUUAGGAAGUUCUCACAUACAUUUAUAUUGUUUAUAGAUAGAACAGGCUUUAAUUUAUUGUGACAUAUACAUAUAUAACUUCUCAUUUAUAAUACCAAAAUUACACAACAAUGCAAAAUGAAAUAAAGCAUUUUUUUUACUAUUAUGGCAAAUAUACUGUGUGUAUAAUUAUUGCGGCUUAUGAAAAGUAAUUAAAAAUAAAUUAGAAAUGUAUUUGUACUUAUUUACAGAGUACAUAAUAAAUCUAGGAUUACAGUUUAUUUUUGAUAGUUGAAGGUCACAAAAUACAUAUAGCAUAAUUUCAAUGUGGAGAAAAAUGUUUGUCUGGUAAGCUUAAUAGGCAUCACAUAAAACACAAUUACCACACAAAAGUAUAUAUUUAUAUAAAGUAGACAUCACAGGCUAGUUACCUAAAGGUUUUUUGACACUUAUUGUGUAGCAAUUUAACGGUCAAUCUUUGCUAACUAUUGGAGUAAAAUGUUGUGUACUUCUGAUUUUUAACGUGCAUAUGUAUAACAACGUUUUUUUAUGUGUAUUUUGUAAACUGACGUGUGCUACCACUAUGCAAAACCCGAUAAUGUCCCCUACCCAAUACAAGAUACCCACAAUGCAUGUCUUUCCCACUACCCUGUGAGCAUCAUUUAAGAGUUCUGACCAUCUCAGUUUUUACAGUUAGAAUUUGAGAGACUGACUUGUUGGGCUUUUGGCUCAUUUUGGGGCGCUAUAGCAGUUUGAUUGUUCAGGUUAACAAAGGCCUACCAUUUGCAAAAGUAGACACUGCAGGGUAUCUCAUAUUGUGUCUGUUGUGCCUUAAUGUGUUGCCAUUUCAGUUUAUGUGUUGCCAUUUCAGUUUAUGCCAAAGUUUUUGGUAAAAAUUUUUUUGCCAUUUGUUACAUAUACAUUACAUUUUAUCUAGGUAUUUUUCAAAUCUCAUAUGUGCCACUCAUCCCUUCCUAAAUUAUGCUAAGCAAACUCUUCUGAAUAAAACAAUACCCUGAAUGUAUGCCUUUGGCACUAUCAUGUGAAGUUACAGUGCCAUAUUGACCAGUGUAUUUCAGUUUUUACAGUUAGAAUUUUAAUAGAUGAUUUAAUGGGCCUAUUCAGCAUUUGUGGAGCAUAAUAGCAAUGUGAUAGUUAAAAUUACCCCAUAAAUGCAAACUGUUUGUGAAAGUAGACAUCAUGGGGUAUGUCAUUUGGUACAUUUUAAACCUUAUUAUACUGCCAUUGUUGCACUGAUUUAUUUUACAGUUUAUGGUAUUAUUUUAUUUUCAAAUUGUUUACAUGCACGUUGCAAUUUAGCAUUAUACUUUCUAAACUUGUGCUACUGUAAUAAAAAUCACUAAAUUGUGCUCAAUUAUAUCUCCUGAAUACACAAUACCCCCGUUUGUAUACCCUUGUCAAGUUGUUUUGUGAAAAUACAGAGCUAAAUGUAUAACCUACUCAUUGCAGGUUUUUUUGUUUUUUUUUAAAUGCAGAUGGGUUUAUGAUACAUUGCAAGGCAUUUGAGAAGCUCAGAUAUUUAAAUUACUACAUUAAUGCAUACCAUUUGCAAACGUGGACAUCAUGAAGACUUUCACAUGAUAUAUUUUAGUGAGGUGCCAUCUUUUCACCUUUAAAAAAAAACAAAAAACUUUGUUUUCUAAUUUUACAUAUACAUUGUAUUUUUUUCUGCUUAUUUUUUAUAUCUCAUGUAUCCCACUGUAGUAAAAUGAUUUUGUAUACCGUUGCAAAUUAAUCUUAAUCUUAUUCCCAGUCUAACUCCUUAAUCUUUUACCUAAUUCUAAAUCAAAUCCCAAAUCUAACCCUAAAUAUAAUAAUAAAUUCUUACCCACACCCUAAUUCUAUACCUAACCCUAAUUAUAACCUUAAUCCUAAUCUCAAUCCUAAACCUAUAAAUAGUGUUGGAAGGAUUCCCUUUGCUGAUGCAAGCAGAUGAAUUCCCAUGCAGAUUUCAGCAGAGAUAUUGCUGGCCCUAAUCCUAAUCCAAGAUAUAAUCUGAAACCAAACACCAAUUCUAAAAUUAAUACUAAAUCCAUUUUUAAUAUAAAGCUAAUACUAAAACUAAUAUUUAGUCUAAACCGAAACAUAAUUCAUACUCUUAAUCCCUAAUUUAAUCAUAAUCCUUAUCCCAAAGUACUGAUAUUAGCAAAGGGAAAUCUAAGAAAAAACAGAGUGGUAUGUUGCUGCCAUCUACUGGCUAUUUUCAGAAUAACAGCUUCCUAUUUUUAAAUCCAGUGAGAGAAUCACUGUGGUUGAGUUGAUGGCUAUGGGUUUAUAGGACUAUAUGCAGUGUUAUAUCCAUUGAUGCCUGGGUUUCCUGGUGUGAGCAAGGAUUUAACCCUACUCACACUACAUUGCUGUCUAUGGUGAUUUAAAUCCCCAUUGAGAGAGCUGCAUGCCUAUCUCACUCUGUGCUCUGCACACAGCUCACCUGUCAGUUUGUGGCCACUAAAAAUAGCUCCAGGUAUAGUGAAUGCAAGAUGUUUGCGUAGUGGAUGCUGUGUGUAUAGUUAAUGCAGAGUGUGUGUUAAUGUAGUGAAUGCAGAGAGUGUGUCAGUGUAGUGAAUGCAGAGUGUGUGUUAGUGUAGUGUAUACAGAGUGUGUGUCAGUGUAAUGAAUGCAGAGUGUGUGUAAGUGUGUAGUGAAUGCAGAGUGGGUGUUGUACUAGAGUAUGCAUGUUGUGUAAAUGAUGUGCAAAUGGAGCAUUUUUUCCACAUUAAAUUUAAUAAAUGUUAUUCCCCCCUCCCUGCUUCUUACCUGGUCCAUUUUCCCCCAGUAACUGGACGCCACACAGUUCUGGAGGUAAAACCACUGACAAUCCUUCAUUGGUACACACAGCUUUUAUGCACAGACCCCACAGAGGGUCUCCACUCUUUCAAUACACUUUGCUUUGUCCCCAGCAGGAGAAGGGGGAUGGGUUACAGAUCACCAUCUCCCGCUCUGGGAGAUACCAACAGGACACAGUUACGUACAUUAAAACAUAUUACAAACAGUAAAACACAUUACAUAUAUGGGGGAACAAUUAGGGGCUCCACACCCUGGGAAGGAAAUGGGGUACAUCUCUGCAUAUCCCUGGGUCCCAGCUAGGAUCCCUACAAAUAGCGGGGCUAUUGGAUGUACAGAGCCUGAGAAAACAUUGCAUAAAGUCUGGGGCUCGAGGCUCUGUACAUCCCCGAAAUCAGUUCCACAGUGUUGCUUGGUUUAGUCUUGUGAAUUCAAACUUUGCACCUAAACCAAGUAAAAAACAAUCAGCUGAAAGGCGCAAAACCCGUUUGCACCGAUCAGCGCUCGGGGAGGAGAGGAGUUUCGCCACCCAAUCAGGAGAAAGGUCGCGAAACUCAGUUUGCAUGGGCUAUUCUUCUCCGAUUGGUCGUCUGCGCCCCACAGCGACCAAUCAGCACUCACUCAUGCCGACCUAUCAGGAGAAUGGCGCGAAUGGAGCUCCUUCUCCUAUUGGUCGGCACAGACUUCCAGGCAGAAGUAAUACACCCACUCACUGAUAGGCACAUACUCUCAAUAAAAGACACAUAUACUCACUAACAGAUAUAUACUCACACACAGACACACACUGACAGACAAACACACACACAUUCACUCACAGACACACACACUGAUAGAUACACAUUCAUUCAUUCAUUCCCUCACAGACUCACAGUGAAAGACACGCAGACAUUCACUCACAGACACAUUGACAUGCUGACAGACACCCCCUCAUCCACUCACUCACAGACACACAUACAUUCACCAACAGACACACACUGGCAGACACCCUGAUACUGACAAACUUACACACAUUGUCUCACACACUUACAUGUUAUAUAUAUAUUUUUUUUUAAAUCAUCCUGCUCAGCUCCCUUGCACGCCGCUUAGUGAUGCUGGGAGCCGGAGUGACGUCAUAUUCCCUCGCACCCCACCCGUAAUGUGAGCAAUCUGAACGCCUUAUGGGGAACUGAGGUGGCCAGUCGGCCAGCUGUUGGGUCCCCAUGAAAAAGGCCUACAAGGCAUCUGACAGGGGGCUGGGGGGUAUGUUUUGCCCCCCUGAAAGUGCCUCCCAGGGCAAAUGCCUUGUUAGCCUUGUGGGAAAUAUGCCACUGGCUAUAGUGCCCCUAUAAACUGAUCUAAAUUCAGAAAACAAAGUAACAAUUGCAAGGUAUAUACCGUAUAUACUCGUGUAUAAGUCGAUCUCAUGUAUAAGUCGAGGGCAGUUUUGUGACCAACAAUUGUGAAAUAUGCUAUGCCUCGUGGAUAAGUCGAGGGUAAAACUUGGGGCUAUGAAAUUCUGUGAUUUUUAGAAUUAUAUACACACACACACUUAUACAAACACACACUCAGCAUUAUACACACACACUCAUAGAAACAAUCUGCAUUCUACACACACACACUCAUACAAGCACACACUCUGCAUUAUAUACGCACACACUCAUACAAACACACACACACUCUGCAUUAUAUACGCACACACUCUGUGUGUAUUUAAUGCAGAGUGUGUGUGUGUUUGUAUGAGUGUGUGUGUAGAAUGCAGAUUGUUUGUGUGUGUGUGUGUGUGUGUGUGUGUGUGUGUGUGUGAGUGAACUGGGUGGGAGGAGGGCAUUUUUAUUAUAAUUUUUUUAUAUAUUUUAAGUUUUUUUAUUGUAUUUUUUUUUAUUUAUUUAAUUUUCGUCCCCCCUCCCUGCUUGUUAGCUGGCCAGGGAGGGGGGCUCUCACUCCCUGGUGGUCCAGUGUAUGGGCUGUGUUGGAGGGGGGGCUGACAGUGAGCGGUUACUUACCUUCCUGCAGCUCCUGUCAGCUCCCUUCUCCUCCGUGCAGCUCCUCUGUCAGCUCCCACUGGAAGUCUCGCGAGAACCGUGGUGACCCCGCGGCUCUCGCGAGACUUCCAGUGGGAGCUGACAGAGGAGCUGCACGAAGGAGAAGGGAGCUGACAGGAGCUGCAGGAAGGUAAGUUACAGCUCACUGCCAGCCCCCAACAGGACCGCCGGGCUUGUAAUGAGCCCGGCGGUCCUGGUCUGUAUUAUGGCAAUGUAUGUUGCCAUAAUACAGACAUUAACUCGAGUAUAAGUCGAGUGGGGGUUUUUCAGCACAAAAAACGUGCUGAAAAACUCGACUUAUACUCGAGUAUAUACGGUAUGUUAAAUAAAUAUCUUGGCGGGGGUAAAAAAAAUUAUCUUUUAUGCAUCUGAACUAAGCUAUAGCAAGGAGUAGAACCACAUAAUAGUAAUUACUCUUUUAGCAAUCUUACUCAUGCUCUUCAUUGAAAUUGCUUUUAUGAUUUAGAACAUUUUGCACCAGACACAUUAUUUGGCUAUCCAACACAGCAAUUUGUUUUACUUGUAGGUCCUUUGGAAGGUCAAAUAGCAACACUGUUUGAGCACACCUGAGAAAGUUAAAAUGACAAUAUUCAUUGACCCACCUGAACUCAAACAGCAAAAUGUGGACUGUUACGGUUCUACUUAAAGGAAGGCUAAACAUAAACCUAUUCUUAUGUCCAGAAUAAUUUAGUACUCAUUUGUGACUCAAGUCACGCAGGGUAAGUAUUUGAGCGAUACCUGCAUUACUACUACACAGCACAUCUACGUCCAUAGUUUGUUAGUAGAUCCAGUGACAGCAGUUGCCUUAAAUUGAUCAUUCUAGAGUAUAUGUGGCUAAGGUGUAUUUAUUUCCAGGGAAAUGACAGGCUUUGACUGGUGGACUUCAAACUCUAGGUCAAUAGGGAACAAAUGGAAAAAUUAUCUUAUUCAAAAGGGCUUUUCACCAAACAAUUAUAGCACAGUGAAAUUAAAAUGGCAAAAUUUAAAUAAAAAUAGCAGAUCUGUAAAAGUAUUCCAAUCUAGCUAUAUUCACAACCUUUAAAUUUAGUGUAAUUUAUUUGUUUGUGAUUAAAUAAAAUAGAAGCAAGUUUUAAUCUUUAACAAUUUGGACUUUAAUGAAUAAUCCUGAGUGUGUUUGAGUGUUUGUAUGAUAAUUUGUAUUAUUUUUUUUUAGGUUAACACUCUCCCGCUUCUCAUGUUUUCUGCACAAUCAAAAAAACAAAAAAAUAUUGUUUUAAUCACAUCUAUGUUUCAUCCUCCUCUUGACUACAAGCUCCCUACAGUGGGGUGACAGUGGGGUGACCUUGCUUGCACAAACCACAAGCCUCUUGCUGCUCUGGCUUAACAUUGAAUUAAAAGGCCUCAUUUGUAUAUAGUUAAAAUGCUUUCACAUACAUUUAUCCGACUAAAAUAAACAUUACAUUCAGUACAAAAAUUCUCUUAGAGUACCAGGCAGAUUAAACACCGUUGGAUAUAUUCACUAAAUUACUGUGCAUCAAAAACUCCAAACUUUCAAUAAAAAUAGCCAAAUUAGAGAGAUGCUCCAACUUGGCUAUAUUUGCAUUUUUAUACUUUAUGAUUUGAAUUACAAGUUUUGCAACACAUAAAAGUUUAUUAAUUUAAACAUUUGUAAAUACAAGAUUCUCAACAGUCCCGAUUUUUAAAGUCAGUGUAUAAUAAGGAAUAUUUAUAACACCAGGCUGCCUUUGUAUAGUUAGUGAAAAAAAUAUGAUCACUUUUCACUAGACUACACAGGGUAGGAGUCAGUCAUUGACUAACCUAUGAAUAGAAAAAUUAAUUAAUGGGGUACUAUAGUCACCACAACAACUACAGCUUAUUGUAUUUGUUCUGGUGAGUAUCAUCCCCGUCAGGCUUUUUGCAGUAAACACUGCAGAGUCUAGGGAUAACUCUACUGGCCACUCCUCAAAUGGCUACUAGAGGUGCUUCCUAGGAAAGUGCUAUGUGCAGCACUGCCAUUCAGUGUUUCCACCCUCUGCAUGGAGACACUGUGUUUGGCUCUUCCCCUGAUUUGCUUCAUUGACAGUCUCAGCCAAUCCUACAUGAAAGCAUUGUGAUUGGCUCUGACCACCACUUCUGAUGAUGUCAGCCAUACAGGUCCGAGGCAGAGCCAGCAGCUGCAGGCUUGAACAAAAGUAAGAUUUUACUUACAAGGUGGAGGUCGGGAAGGGGUGGUGCUAGAUGGUGCUUUUAACACUCUAUGGUCAGGAAUACAUGUUUGUGUUCCUGGCCCUAUAGUGUUAAUGUAAAAUCGGAAUGCUAAAACAAAAGCUAAAUUGGUCAAUCUGUAUCUGUAUUUGGAGAUUUUGUUUCCAGAUCAUCUAUUUUUACCUGCAUAUUGCCAUGCAUAUUUUAAUUUGCUGCAAUUCAGACUUUAGAGAAUACCCUUAGUGCCUCUUAUUUUACAUUGCGUACAAUAAGCAUCACUGUCACCUUCCUAAAGUACUACAAAAUGUGUGCUUUAGAUAUAAGCAAUAUGCAUGUAUACUGACUUUGCAUAGUGCGGUAUGUGCAUGGCCAUCAUUUAUGCCCUGUAACCUAAAUGACACUGCUUGUUAAAUAUUAACCCCUUAAGGACACAUGACGGAAAUAUUCUGUCAUGAUUCCCUUUUAUUCCAAAAGUUGUGUCCUUAAGGGGUUAAUAUAUUGCCAUGCACCUACUUACACAAAGGACUUUCAACUCUAUCCACAAGGAAAACGUUACCUGAUGUGUAUUCUCUUUGUUUCCAUGAUGGGUUAAAUAAAUAACCUGUAGCUUUAAAUUUUUGUCAUCCAAGAGCUGCUUUAUAUGAGCUUUAGAAUACAAAAGUGAUUACAUCUGUUGUUUGUCAGGUCUGUGUUGACUCUUAAGGGGUGUAUUCACUAAAUACUUAAUUGCAGUGAACUGAAAUUGCGAAAUUGAGGCUAAAAUAUCCAAAAAUGUGACUUAACCUGGGGAGGAUAUAUAUAUAUUUAUUUAUUUUUUAUUUAUUUUUUUCAAAUUGCUUAUUUUUGACUAAAUUUCCAUUUGAAUUUCAGUUUGCUGCAGUUUAAUGUUUAGUGAAUAAACCCCACAGUGUUAUGAAAAAUGUUUACAUUGAUAUGAAUCUUGUUGGUACCACAUACAACUCACAAACAAAAAGAUAAUAUGAUAUGUAGCUGUAACAUUUAUGCAGAGAUAUCGAAUGACUCAACAGUUUACAAUGCACAUAUGUCAGGAUAGAGUUAAGAUAUAAAUGUUAAAUAUAUUUGUUUAGUGUAACAUGUGGCUUUUACUUUUAUUAUACUAGACAGUAUAGUGUUAUUCACAAACUGUUUUCGUCCCAUUAAAUCCAAAUGGCAAAAAUUAAGGCAAAAAUAAUCAAGUGACUAUAACUUCAUUUGAGAUUUUUUUACAAAUCAGGUUGAGUUUUGUCAUUCAGAUAUUAUUUGGAAAAAUGUGGAAUGUAGUAAAUAAGUAUUAACGUAUGUUCAUGUAAUGUCUGUUCGAGGACUAUGUUUUCCUGUUUGCAUGUGACUUUUUACCUUUGGAGCUGUGUAACCUCAUGGGAUAAUAGGAAAAGCUAACACAGCAAACCGACUCUGCGUCUACACGAAACAUGAGCAUUGGAUUUUCUUUAUUGUCUAAUAAUCCCUUUCUUAAAGUCAUCCUUGUGAGUUGCCAUGUUUUAGUGUAGUGGUUCUUAACAUUUUUGUAAGGAACCCAUGUUCUACACAUAGCAUUAACACAGAAACCCGUUUAUUUUAUUUGAAAUAAAUAUCAAAUAAACCUCAUUAUACUUUGAUAAUGACAUAUCCAUAAUAUUGUUGGGAGCUUGAUAAAUAAAUACGUUGCAGCUCCAUCCGCUACAAUUGAGUCUGUUCUGUUAAAAUUGAUAGCGGUGCUGAAUUUCGUACCUGUAGUUGACAGUUGGAUGUUGCUAGAUUCAGUCUUGGUUCCAGGAAAACGUUCAUUUGUCGUGAAAGAAAACAUUCUUUUCCUGAAUGUUGCAAUUUAAAGGGACACAACAGGGACUAAAACAACUUUAGAUUAAUUGAGUGGUUUUGGUGUAUAAAUCAUGCCCCAUGCAGUCUCACUACUCAAUUCUCUGCUAUUUAGAAAUAAAAUCACUUUCUUUAUACAGCCCCCUGCAUGUGACCUGCACAGUUUUCCUAAACACUUCUUGUAAAGAUCUAAUGUUUAAACUUACUUUGUUGCACAUUCUGUUUUAUUUUGAAUUGUUUUAUCUCCUUCUCUGUUAGCCUUCUAGACCAUGCAGGGGUUCCUUGUGUUUGAUUAACGUUCAAUUUAAAGAGCAGGAGAAAAAAACUUCUACAGCAGGGGAGGUUUCCUUUCAAAAUGGUUGAGCAUUUAGCAUUGAGACUGCACAGGCAUGAUCUAUACAGCCAGUGGCGGCUCUAGACUUUGUGAGGCCUUAGGCGAAACUCAAACAUGAGGCCCCCCCAACACCCAAAGUAAAAAAAUAAAUAGGAGUUGCAUUGUGUGUAUAAUUGUUCAGAGGCUUGCAGUGUCGCUGUGUUGUGAGCUCUCCGACUGUAGUUAUGGCAUAAUUUGCAAACUAAAUUAAUUUGCAAUAAACAGAUUUAUUUAGCAAUUAUGCUAAUCAUUUAUACACGACUGCGGGGUAUGAUUACAUAGCCUUGCAGUCGUGUAUACAUUAUGGCCAGUGUGUGUAUUUCUGACUGUGUCUAGCAUUGUCUACCUGUGUAUGUGCAUAAAGGCGUGUUUCUGCGUCUUUAUGAGUAUGUGUCUGGGACCUUAUGUGUGUGGGAUAGCUACUUGUGGUGUGUGGUGUUUAUGGGGGCUGCCUGUAACCUUUGUGCAUGUGUGUAUGAUGAAUGUCUUCAGUUUGUGACAUGGUGAGUAAAGGGGUAACUGUGCUAGGGGUAACUGUGUGAGUGUAACAGGGUGAGGGGGUUUAUGAGACAGGGUUGGGGGAGUGAGUGUAACAGAAUGAGGGACAGUGAGAAUGAUAGGGGGGCAAUUGUGACAUUAUUGGAAGAGGGAGUGUGACAGGGCAUGGGGAAGUGUGACAGGAUUGGAGGAAGUUAAUGUGACAGGCUGCAUGUGGCAUAGUUGGAGGGUGUAUCACAGGGUUGGGGUGAACGUGCCAUGUUUGGAGGAGGCAGUGUAACAGAAUGAGGGGGUUAAAGUGGCAGGAUUAGAUUAAUGUGGAAGGGUGAGUGUGGCAGGGAUGGGGGGAGAGUGUGACAGGGCUUGGGGUCAGUGUGGCACAGUUGGAGGACAGGAUUGGAGGGGCUUAUGUGAGUGUGGCAGUGUGAAGGGGGGUGUGGGACUGACUGAUAGAGGAUGAGUGUGACAGGGUUGGGGACUGUGUGCCUUGACAUCAGUCAUCAAGACAGACCUGGUUUCAAAAUAGUUGCAAUCUGUUUCCAGUGGUCAAUUUAGCAUAUGUAUUUAAAACUUUUAAUAUGUAAAUCAAGGCAGUCAAAUUAUAUUACAAAUAUGGUAAAAAUAGUAAAAUUUCACUUUUAUAAAUAGACAAAUAGUUUUUUUUCUGGUUGAAAUUUCUGGAUUUGGACAAUUAGUUUCAGUUUGGCAUUUAUCACACAGACCCAAAGUCUUACAUAUUCCAUAAACACAGAUCUAUAACAAUGUGGCAAAGUAAAAUGUGUAUAUUCAAUUUUAGAAAUCCUCAGUGGUCAUACGUGGAACUGUAUAAAAAAUGUAAAUUUUAAAAAAUGGAAAAAGUCACAACGAUUAAUUUCUUUGACAAGAAGCAGUUCAAUAGUAGCAGUUGCUAUGAAAUAUACAAUACUUUACUUAUUUCUGAUUAUUUUUAUGGAAAAGUCUGUUGCGGAGAGAAUAGCUUGCAUUUCACCUAGAGCAUAGAACAACACAUAUAAAACACUGUUUUUUUUAUAAUAGAGAUCUAUAAAGUAUGAUUAUUUGGUCUGCCAUUGUUCCUUUUAUCAAGUGCAUUAACAUUUAAUCUUGCCAAUUGUCCCAUUGCAACUACACUUGGGAAUUAAUAAAAAUUAGUAUACAAAUCUAGUAGAGAUAAACAUUCUGUGUGGAAUAAGGGAUGAACACACUGUGCACCUGCUCACAGGCAUUGUAUUCCUCACACAGAGUCGGGCUCUGCUUUUGUGACUUGCAUGUAUACACAAAGUGAAAUAGUCCAGGCUUUCCCCAUAGGAUUGUAAAUUAAUCACAACACAGCUUCAAUAGUUAACAACAUGAAAAGGUCACAAAAUCAUAACACAAAGAGCUUACAAUCUAAACACAUUUGUUUAGCAGUUUAAUACAUUUUAUGAUAAAUUAUUUUACAUCAUCAUUCUCUGGGUACAACAGUUUAUGCAGCAGCUAAUAUUGCUUUGAUGGAAUUAGUACUAUACUGAUAUGAGCUUUGUAAUUAAAGCUAUUUAUGAUACAUUAAGUGUCUUGGACAUCCUGACUUUAUGAAAUUUGACUAGACUUUGUCAUGAAUGGGGUAAACUGCACAUAAAAUACAUUACUUAGUUUAAUUAAUGACUUUUUUUGUGAAAUAUAAUCUUCUGAAGUUGGUGAGAGAUGUCUUAUUUUGUGCAUUGUUAUGUUUCCGUAGUAGCAGAAUUCAUUGUAUGUAUUGCAUGUAUCUGUUGCUCAGUUACACUCACUUGCAUUGUUUCUUUUCAGAUGAUCUUCCUUUGAAAUCAAACUUGUCUUACGGGUUCUUGAGACUCCAACCGGACCUGGCGCCCUCAUGGCUUCUGGGGUCGCAGCAUGGCUACCCUUUGCAAGGGCAGCUGCCAUUGGGUGGAUGCCAGUGGCCAACUGUCCUAUGCCACUGGCACCAGCUGAUAAAAACAAAAGGCAAGAUGAGCUGAUAAUUCUCAACGUCAGUGGACGCCGAUUUCAAACCUGGAGAACUACCUUAGAGAGGUACCCAGACACACUGCUCGGAAGCACAGAGAAGGACUUCUUCUUCAAUGAGGAGACCAAGGAGUACUUUUUUGAUCGUGAUCCAGAAGUGUUCAGGAGCAUUCUAAACUUUUACAGAACUGGUAAGCUGCACUACCCUAGAUAUGAAUGCAUCUCUGCCUAUGAUGAAGAACUAUCUUUCUACGGGAUUUUGCCAGAGAUCAUAGGUGACUGUUGCUAUGAAGAAUACAAAGACAGAAAACGAGAAAAUGCGGAGAGGCUGAUGGAUGAUAAUGAAUUUGAGCACAGUCAAGAAGCCAUGCCCUCUCUUAAUUUACGCCAGACAAUGUGGCGAGCCUUUGAAAACCCCCAUACCAGCACUUUAGCCUUAGUCUUCUAUUAUGUAACUGGCUUCUUUAUUGCAGUGUCGGUGAUCACCAAUGUUGUGGAGACUGUUCCCUGUGGAACAGUGCCUGGAAACAAGGAGCUUCCUUGUGGUGAAAGGUUCGUUGUAGCUUUCUUUUGCUUGGACACUGCCUGCGUCAUGAUAUUUACAGUUGAGUACCUCUUGAGACUCUUUGCAGCCCCAAGCCGCUACAGGUUCAUGAGAAGUGUCAUGAGUAUUAUUGAUGUGGUGGCCAUAAUGCCAUACUACAUUGGCUUGGUAAUGACCAACAACGAGGAUGUGAGUGGCGCCUUUGUCACCCUGAGGGUCUUCAGAGUCUUCAGGAUUUUCAAAUUCUCACGCCACUCCCAGGGCUUACGGAUCCUUGGAUACACUCUGAAGAGCUGUGCCUCUGAACUUGGAUUCCUCCUCUUCUCCCUGACCAUGGCAAUAAUUAUCUUUGCCACUGUGAUGUUUUAUGCUGAAAAGGGGUCAUCGUCCAGCAAGUUCACAAGCAUUCCUGCCUCCUUUUGGUAUACCAUUGUUACCAUGACAACACUUGGGUAA